AUGGAAUGUAAAUCAUUAACGGAAAUAAUGCAGGAUGUAUUGUAUACAACGAUUAUGUCAGUUGUGAAUUUUUUAAAUUUAUCAGAUGUACCAAAUUCUCCUAAAUGGAACUCGGUUUUAUUCGGAGGUAUUGUUGGUUCAUUAUUUUCAAUUUUACAAUUUUUAUCAUCAACAUUGGCUGGUUCAGCUUCUGAUCGUUAUGGUCGAAAACCCGUAUUAAUUUUCUCCAUGUUAGGCAUAUCAUUAUCCUAUGCGAUAUGGUGUAUAUCAUUCAAUUUAACUGUUUUUAUGAUUGCAAGAUUUAUUGGUGGAUUAUGUAAAGCUAAUGUAGCCAUUAUACUUGCAAUUGUAUCGGAUGUAACAACAGAAAAUGAACGAAAUCGUGCAAUGGCCUGGAUUGGUGCGGCAUUUUCAUUGGGUUUUAUCUUUGGACCAUUACUUGGUGCCAUAUGCAGUCAAUUAGGGACAACCUUUUGGCCAUUAUCACCCGUUAGUUUCUUUGUAUUACCUGCUGCUGUUUCACUACUAUUAUCAUUGAUUAAUAUUGGUUUUGUCAGUCAUUUUUGUCCAGAAACAUUGCCACAAAACAAGCGGAUUGAUAAAACAAAAAGUAUUUCAGAUAUUUCAAAUGUUAUUCUUCCAUGGAAUUUAUUUAAAUUUUCUUCUCUACAUACAUUGAAAACAUUGGAUGGUAAAUGCAUAGUAUUUUUAUUUUCAAUUUUAUUUAUUUUCUUUACUUUUAUA